UAAAAAAUCGAGAGAAAUAAAUUAUGAAUUAGAUUAUAUUAAUAGAGAAUUACAUACAAGACGUGAAUAAAAUGGCGGCCGUAAGCACGCUCGAACAGCCGGUCUCCCAAGUACAGAUUGAUGGCUUAGUUGCUCUCAAGAUUGUCAAACAUUGUGAAGAAGAAGGAGGAUGUACUGGUGAACUUGUACAAGGGGUUUUGUUAGGCCUAGUCGAAAAAGACACUCUUGAAAUUACUAAUUGUUUCCCAUUUCCAAAACACACCGACGAUGAGGACUUUGAUGAUGAGCAGUAUCAGAUGGACAUGAUGAGGAACCUUCGGCAUGUGAAUAUUGAUCAUCUCCAUGUUGGAUGGUAUCAGUCAACUCACUAUGGAACAUUCCUUAACAAAGAGCUGCUUGAUUCCCAGUACAACUAUCAGCAUUCUAUAGAGGAAUCUGUAGUUCUUAUAUAUGACCCAAUCAAGACUACAAAAGGAAGCCUCAGUUUGAAAGCAUACCGUUUGACAGCUGAGGCCAUGGAAACUUACAGGGAACGAGAUUUCUCACCAGAAAGCACCAAGAAGAAUGGUCUUACAUAUGAAAAACUGUUUGAAGAAAUACCAGUGAACAUCCGUAACUCCCAUCUGAUUAACAUCAUGCUAUGUGAACUGGAGGAGCAGUCACCGCCCUCCGGAGACACUUUUCUAAACCUCGCUACUGGCAACGUGCUUGAAAAAAAUAUGGAACUUCUUAUGGAUUGUUUAGAUGACAUAAAUCAAGAGACCAUUAAAUUUCUAAACUAUCAGCGAACACUGUACAAGAUGAAUGCAAAUAAGCACCAACAGAUUUAUAAAAGGAAACAAGAGAAUGAAGCAAGAGCAGCCAAAGGUCAACCUCCGCUUCCGGAGGAGGACUUGAGCAAGCAGCAGAAGGCACCAAUCGUGCCUUCACGCUUAGACAGUUUACUCAUAUCCGGUCAAAUGAAGAAGCAUUGUGACGAGAUCAGUCGGUUUGCUACACAGAGUUUUGGCAAGCUAUUUAUGGCAGAGGCAUUACAACCCAAAGAAUGAAAGAACAGUAUUUCGAAUAUCAUAAUCGAUGCAAAUCGAAACAAUGGAUUAUAAUCAUCGCCAUGUUAAACCACACUGUUGAUAUGGUAAACAAACCUGUUUGUAUGAUAAACUAUUUGAUUGCUAAUGUAAAUAACCUGGUGCUAUUUGCUAUUGUCAACUGCCCCUUAAUUUUACUUUAGCCGAGUCUUGGUACACCGAGAAUGUGUUGUAUUGUUGAAAGUAAGACUGAGAGUAAGAUUAGUGUCUCUUAAUUUCCCUCCUCACAAUACAUUCCCAGAUUUAUCAAGUUAGUAAAAUGCAUUUUAGUAACCAAGUCUUCAAAUAUCCAUAGUAAAUAUACAGAGGUUCCAUAGCACCUAGUAAUUUGUUUUGAGUGCAAAACACGAGUUGCUUAAAUUACAGGUGCUGUACAGGAUAAUAACAGCUGUGGAAUUUCAAACAACAGCCCACGUUUUUCUUAGUUUUCACAAUAAUUUAUCAGUAAUCUGAUGAAAAAGUCAUUUGUUCUGGACUUUAUAGCUAUUUAUAUAUGGGUCUAGGCCUAUAAUAAAUUUUAGUAGUAUAUUUGUCUGUUUCUGUAAGUCCGUACUUAGGCAAAAUUUCUGUAGUAACUACAGAAAUUCCCGUAGUACUUGAGAAGUCUGCGUUUCUGCCCUUCGCCUUUUUCUGAUUUGUCACUAUGCUCUGAAUGUACAUCCAUUAUUCAGAAUUGGACAAAAAAACAACCUAGCAUAAUAUAAUCAAUUCAGUUUUGUAUUAGUGCUAUAGCCAUCAGCAAUUAAUUUCCAUAGUAACUAAUAACAGCACUCCAUAUUUAUAUAUGAAAGCAAAUAUAAUAUUAUUACUGUACUAGCAACAUAACCAGAAUUCUAUUACUGUAUAUCUCAUGCCAAAAGAAGAAAAAAAUCAGUAAAUAGAGCCAAGGCAAGCAAUGCCCACUCAAUUUGUGUAUUUGUGACAAAUGUGGAUCAGAAUUUUUGUAGGGAUGAAUAAUGACUAAAAGAAUGAGAUAUUAUUUACUUAAGAUGCCAGUUAAGGUAGUUAAUCAUACAACUAGUCUUAUUUCUGGUAGGGUUCCUCAAUUUUUUUUUAAAAGACUGAUGACACUUCACAAUUGAUACUAAACCACUAUAUAAAUAUUGAAAUGAAUAAAGGUAGAAAACAAUUAUA